AUGGGUGUUCAAAAGAAAGUUCGCAAGUUUGCAGUCACCAAGAGAGCAAUCUCUCAACGCGAUAAUCGCCUCAAAGCAAAUGACAAGGACGAUAAGAAAGGAAAACCCAGCAAAGAUGAUGUUGUUCGAGAAGCACCCCAGGCUCCUUCAUCACUCUUUUUCCAAUAUAAUACGGCCCUCGCGCCACCGUAUUCCGUUCUUGUUGACACCAACUUCAUAUCUCACACCAUUCAGCAUAAGCUUGAUGUCAUUCCAACCAUGAUGGACUGCCUGUAUGCCAAGUGUAUCCCUGUCAUCACUGAUUGUGUGCUGGCCGAGCUGGAGAAGCUGGGCCAGAAGUAUCGUCUGGCUCUCCGUGUUGCUAAGGACCCUCGAUUUGAGAGAAUCAAAUGCGACCAUCCAGGCACAUAUGCCGAUGAUUGCCUGGUUGAUCGGGUCAUCAAACAUCGUGUUUAUAUUGUGGCAACUAACGAUCGUGAUCUUAAAAGGCGGAUUCGGAAAAUCCCCGGUGCACCCAUAAUGAGCGUUGCUCGCGGAAAAUAUGUCAUUGAAAGACUGCCUGAUGCUCCCGAGAAGUGA